AUGUUGAAGCAAAGGUGUUCGAAUAAUAAUAUUAAUACAAGAUAUAAUAAUAUGAGUAAUCCUAAAUUUAGCGUGGGGAACAAUUAUAAAAUAAUUAAGAAGAUUGGAAAGGGCUCAUUUGGCGAAGUAUAUUUAGCUGUCGGACGUAACGGCGAAGAGUAUGCUUGUAAAAUAGAGGAAAGCAAAAGUUCAAAGAACAGAUUAAAAGGGGAGUCACUUAUAUAUAAAAGGUUCGCAAUAAAGAAUCUUGACUGUGUACCAACAGUUUAUAAAUACAUCGAAACACCGGAAUAUAAUUUACUGGUAAUGCAACUUCUUGGAAAGAGCCUUGAUGUAUUUUUUGAGGAUUGUGGUGGUAAGCUGGAUGUUGGUACAGUUAUGAAACUCGGUGUAACAAUAAUUAACCAUCUUGAAAAGAUUCACAGAAUCGGUAUUAUUCAUAGAGACAUAAAACCCAACAACUUUAUGUUUGGAAUUAAGGAACAUGCAAAUGAUUUAUAUGUCAUGGAUUUCGGACUUUCCAAAAAAUGGUAUGCAAAUAAGACUCAUAUUGAGUUUAGAGUUGGAAGAUCAAUGAUUGGGACUGCUAGAUACGUCAGUUUAAAUAUCCAUAAUGGUUCGGAGCCAAGUAGGCGCGACGAUAUGGAGUCAUUGGGAUACAUGCUUAUAUAUUUAGUUAAAGGAUUCCUUCCAUGGCAAGGUCUUAAAAAGAAAACCAAGGAUAAUCCUAUUGAUAAAAUCGGCGAAAAAAAAAUGAUGGUUGAUCUUGAGGUUUUAUGCGAAGAUCUUCCGGACUGCUUUUACGAGUACGUUAAUUAUACGCGCAAUCUUCAGUUUACGGAAAAACCAGACUACAAAUAUUUAAAAGAUUUGUUUCUUUCGUCAGCCAAAAAAAAUGACAUUAAAUUAAAGUAUUUUUGGGAAAACACAUCGGUUAUCCAGCCUAAGGCAAGCGGAACUAUUCAAACAGGCGAAUUAUUAACCAAAAAGAAAGACAAUGAAUCAGAUGAAUCUGAUAAAGAAUUAAAACAAAAAACAAAAAUCGACGUAAGACCGGAUAAAAAAAAUGGAUCUAGGCAAAAAAUUGACCAUGUAUGUUCCAGAGACUGCAAACACGAUAUUAUUCAAAGCACAAAUAUAUAUGAAUUAGAACAUAAAAAAGAUGACUUGUCAAGUGAUAAAGUAAAACCAAAAAUAAAAAAAAAAAUAAACAUGCAAACCGAAACUCCUACAAAUACAAAAAGCAUUCCAAAUUCCUUAACAAAACCAAAACCAAAAUCACAAUCACAAUCACAACCACAACCACAACCACAAAAAUCGUAUAAACCACAAAUACAACCGAUUACUAACGAGACUAAAAAUGGUUCAAAAACAAAUGUGACAUCUGCAAAACGAGUAUCGAAUACAACUAAGGUCAAUGACCCACCCCAAUAAUAAAACAACUUGAUAUUAUAUUAUGACAUAAAAGAAAUAAAAGCACCACAUGAUGCAAAAAAUAUCCCCAGGAGAAACGGAGUAACUGCCAGACAUAAGAAUUUACUUCCUUUCGAUCCAUCUUUUUGUUUGAACUUACUGACUACUGCGAUAGAUAUUAUAAUAAUUAAUGUUGCCAUCAUAACACUGCAUCCGGGGACAGAAUUUUUUGUUGCGACAAAAUACAACGCAAGCAAAUAUGUUAUCCCAAGAGUAACGAUAAGACACCCCAAAGAAAACUCAUUUUCGUAUUCAUAUGAUCCUAUCCAUAUAACAUAAAGGCACAUUAUAAGAAGUAUACACGAUAAUAAGGUUGUGUUUUUAGUGGUUUUAACUAUACUCAUUAUUAAAUACUAAGUUAAUAUUUUAUCUUUUAAUAUAAAAAUGGGACACCUAACAUAACAGUGUUUGUAUAUAUUUAGCACUUUUGUUUGGGGCGAAAGACUAAGAUAAUGUAAUCACGGUUAAUGUUAAUUAAAUGCACCAGUUUUUUGCCAAUUUAUAAUAAUUUUAUUAUAAAUCCGAUUGAAUUGUGUUUUUUAUUUAUUAUUUAUUGUUUACGAUGUUUUU